GUGCUUGAAUCAGCGCUGCACAGGUCGUCUUCCGGUGGGCAUGUGUGGUCCAGGACAAGAGGACUGACCUUGUUUAGAAGCUGGUCCUCUUAGUGAAGAGGGUCUGGGUCAUGUCGGAGGAAACGGGACAGGAGCAGAGCAGAAGCCGGCUGGGGCUGCUGUUCACCGGGGUGCUCGGCGGCUCUCUGUUCGCCCUGUACGCGGGGGCUGCUCCCUUCAUCACCCCUGCUCUCAGGAAGAUCUGCCUCCCCUUCGUCCCUGCGACCUCAGCCCAGGUAGACAACGUCCUCAGGGUGCUGAGAGCCAGGUCCGGGACCCUGGUGGACCUCGGGAGCGGGGACGGAAGAAUAGUGAUCGCAGCAGCCAAGCGAGGCUUCAAGGCGUCAGGUGUGGAGCUGAAUCCCUGGCUGGUGUGGUAUUCUCGCUACAAGGCGUGGAGAGAGGGGGUCCACCGCGCCACCUCCUUCUACAUCUCUGACCUGUGGAAGGUCAGUUUUGCUCAGUACUCCAACGUCGUCAUUUUCGGCGUGCCUCAAAUGAUGGACCAGCUGGAGCUGAAGCUGGCGAGCGAGUUACCGACGACAGCCAAGGUGGUGGCCUGCCGCUUUCCCUUCCCCACCUGGGUCCCUGAACACACCGCCGGCGAGGGCAUAGACACCGUGUGGGUGUACGACGCAAAGACCUUUAAAUCACACCUGCAAUGUGGACUGGCGAGGAAGACGACGGCAGUGGACGAGGACACGCCACAAUCACACUCGUGAAUCACGUCAUGACGAGGAGCGGUCUCCAGAUGGACGUUUAAACGACAGAGAAAUACUGACCACGGGAAUGUGAGUUUGAGGUUAUAAGACGAAGGUCACGAGAAGAAACCGUGUGACAAUCCCUGGUCCUGAUUAGAGGUCAUGGCCGCUGUUAGAGUCCGUAACCUUCACCAUAACGUUUGUCUGCUCGUACCUCAAGACGAGGACUGGAUCAUCAUGAGCCCCGUAAUCACCAAGCAGGCCGCUUUGGUACGGUGACCCCUUCAGCUGGCCAUCCCGGGUGGUGUUAG